UUAUCAUUCCUCCCCUCAGAUUAGAAAACCGGAGUAGCGAAGUCUCAGAAAGGAGGGAUUCUCUGGACCAGACGCAACAUAUAAAUACAAGACCUUAAAUAGCAAACUAACACUCUGCAGACUGCAGGCAUGGAGGUUCCGGGACACCUGGGUCUCCUCUUCCUUCUGUUGGUGGUCCUGAACCCGGCGCUGAGUCAGACUUCAAAGACGGACCACGAGAACGGUUCAGACACUCAAUAUCCAAUAGACUGUGAGGACGUCCAUGACCAAGGGGCCGAUGCCGAUGGAGUCUAUGUGAUAUACCCAUCGGGGCCAUCCAGCGCUGUGCCAGUAUAUUGUGAUAUGACUACCGAUGAUGGGAAAUGGACGGUGAUCCAAAAGAGGUCCAAUGGUACUAUGAGCUUCUUCCGUGGCUACUCCGACUAUAAGACAGGGUUUGGCCGAGCAGAUGGAGAGUACUGGUUAGGACUGCACAAUAUUUAUCAGCUGACUCUACGGAAAAAGUAUGAGCUGAGAGUAGACCUGGGUGAUUUUGAAGGCAACAGGACCUACGCCAAGUACGCAGAUUUUGCUCUUUCCCCCAACGCUAUCAACCCAGAGGAGGAUGGGUACACCUUAUACGUGGAGGGGUUCACUGAUGGUGGGGCAGGGGAUUCUUUGACCUACCAUAAUGGAAUGAAGUUCUCUACCUACGACAAUGACCGUGAUGUCUUCCUUCAGAACUGUGCCUCCCUCUCAGCUGGAGGGUUCUGGUACCGAGCUUGCCACCUGGCUAACUUGAAUGGGCCGUAUCUGCGGGGGGCCCACCUGUCCUAUGGCAGCGGAGUCAUCUGGUCUCAGUGGCGAGGUCUUUAUUAUUCCCUGAAGUCCACUGAGAUGAAGAUACGUCGUGUGUGAGACCCCCUUGGUUUGGUCCAAGACAUGUGAUGUCUACUGCCUGUAGGACCUAUGACUUCCUUUCUGUUUUAUCUUAUUGUCCUCCAAACACAGGCAACCACCAACCACCCCAUGAGAUAUUUAAUCUUUGACCUUUUCCCCCAAAAACUGUAAUAUUUUCCAUGACUUGAUACUUUGUAUCUCAAGAAAGACCCUGAUGAUGGAACAUCAUCUUGAUUCCAAA